AUGCAGCACCUGUCUGUCGAAAGCAAUGUGGUCGCGCAGAGCUCCGCUCUUACAGCAUGUGAGAAAGCUGGCAUGUGGGAGCAGGCCGGAAAUUCCAAAGCCUUGGUGGCUUUGAGGGUAUCACGCGGCGCGGCCAUGGAACUGGAUACAGUUGCUUGGAACGCAGUGACUUCGGCGUGCGAGAAAGCGGGGAAAUGGCAAGUCGCGCUUUCCUGCUUGAGCUCUUUGAAGGAGGAGCACUUAGAAGCCAGCUGCGUGUCCUACAGCGCCACCAUCAGCGCCUGCGAAAAGGGCUCCGCCUGGAUUCAGGCUUUGAGCUUGGUGGACAUGAUGAUCUCGGAGAGCGUCCAGGUGAACACGAUCUCCUGCAGUGCUGCGAUCAGUGCAUGCGCCAGGAAGGGUGAGUGGACACAGGCGCUAGAAAUCCUCAAGCAGAUGGAUGUCAUGCACGUUUCCAUCAACGAAGUGGCCCUAAGUGGAGCAGUUACCGCCUGCGAGAAGUCGUCGGCAUGGAUCGAGGCAAUGGCCAUGCUUCAAGCUGCCAAGCCAAUGAGCAUCUCUCCAGACACCAUCCUCUUCUGCGCAGCUAUCAGCGCGUGUGCAAAUCGCGGCGAGUGGAUGCAAGCAUUGGGGCUGCUGCACUCCAUGGAACUCGCUGCCGUGGCAAAAAACCUCGUCACCUUCAAUGCUGCAAUCAGCGCCUGCUGUGAAUGUGGGGAGUGGCAGAAGGCGCUUCACCUCUUUCAGGCCUGCGCGUCUGCGAGGCUCGAGAGGGACAUCAUCACCUACAACUCUAUGAUCAGCGCAUGUGGAGAGGGUGCGCAAUGGGAAUUUGCGCUUUGCGCAUUGACUCUGGCCCAUGCGCAGCACUUGCUACCAACAGUUGUAACGUACAACUCCGCGAUCCUGGGUUGCGCACGGGCUCGUCAGUGGGAAGUCGCGGUUCAUCUUCUAGGUUCAUCAGAUGAUCAUCGCGUUCGACGGAACAUGAUCAGUUAUGAGGCAGCUGCUCUGGCUUGCGAGGCCCAUGCGUCGCUUGCUGUGCUCCUGCCAGAGGUUGCACAGUUUGGCAUGAUGGCUGCCACAAGGGUCAAGCACAUGGAUCACUCGGACUAG